UAGAUCGAGAGUAUUCGUAUCCGACAAGAACAUAUCGGAUCCGACGAGAUGGGUCGGCCGAGAAUAUUGCUACCGGUCCUCGAGAUAAACAUGAUAUCGGCUCAGGAUCUAGCGAGCGUGUCACGUAAUAUGAAGACGUAUGCUGUGGCGUGGAUCAACACCGACCCGAUGCGUAAGCUCACGACCCGUGUGGACCAAACCAACCGAGCCAACCCUAUCUGGAACGAGAAGUUGGUCUUCCGAGUCAACGACAAGAUCCUCAACGUUGACGCAUCGGCCAUCGUCAUCGAGAUUUACGCGGCGGCUUGGGCCAAGGACGCGUUGGUUGGAUCCAUCAACGUUCUCCUCAGCGAUCUAUUCGCUCCGUGGUCAGGCUUCAACCACGGUGGUGGAAACGGAAACAACAACAUGAGGCUCGUCACCCUCCAAAUCCGCCGUCCCUCUGGCCGGCUUCAAGGUCUCCUCCGCCUUGGCAUCGCCCUUCUCGACGGAACCCAGCGGAGCAUGCCGCUUUCCGUCGAGGUUUUCGACGGAAGCAACCAUGGUGGACACCGUUAUAAGAAGGGCAUCCAUGACAUGAACGGGGGCGGCGGCGGCAGCGGCGGAAUGGUGCUCCGCCGCACUCACAGCGACCAGACAGAUCUCACGACGUCGACAGACGACAUCUACGGUGUUAAACCAGGGGUGGUUUCCGGCGGCGGAGGGUAUGGUGGUACGGACAGCAUGGUUAACGGUUCUGAUCUUUGUUGCUCGGAUAUCGGGCCGUCGGCGUCUGUGGUGGCGGCGGCGAUAGCUCAGGGACUCUACAACCGGCAAAAACCUCCGGAGGUGAGCUCGAUCGUCGAGGGCACGACAGAGGGAGUGAAGCGCCGGUUAGAGCGAUGGAGGAGCGAGACGACGCCGAGCUACGUCGAGAAGCGGUACAAGAACGCCGACUCCAGCAUUUCAGCGGAGGAGACAACGGACACAAGCGAGUCGAGCGGGAAAGGAGGAACUCGGAAACGGUGGAGGCGGCGGAGGGACGACGGAGAUGCCGGAAAGAGGAGGAAGAAAGGGUUGUUUUCGUGUUUCGGUAACGUUUUCGGCUGCGAGAUCUCGAUAACGUGCGGUGGCUGCGAUGGCGGAGGAAGCUCAAAGAAGAAGAAGAAGAAGACGAAGAAGAAGAAGAAGAGGUAUUCGAAGAACAAAGUGGCGAAUCUCAGCUCUGUGGACGAGACGUUUAGCCGUUCUGCUGCAUGA